CGGCACGAGACUGCGGCACAGCGCUACAGCGCUACCCGCAUUCAGGCCGGACUGGGUCCGGAGAGUAUGGCGGAUUAUCUAAUCAGCGGCGGCACCGGUUACGUUCCCGAGGACGGGCUCUCGGCGCAGCAGCUCUUCUCCAUCGGAGACGGCCUCACAUACAAAUGUGACCAACACUCGGACGGUCAAACGGCUGAAGAGCUAUGCUCUAAAGGAGAUGGGUUGACUUACAAUGACUUCCUCAUUCUUCCCGGCUUCAUCGACUUCACCUCAGACGAAGUGGAUUUAACAUCAGCUCUGACCAAGAAGAUCUCGUUGAAGGCCCCCCUCGUCUCAUCCCCCAUGGACACUGUCACAGAGUCGGCCAUGGCCAUCGCAAUGGCGCUAAUGGGAGGCAUCGGUUUCAUUCACCACAACUGUACUCCUGAAUUCCAAGCCAACGAAGUCCGCAAGGUCAAGAGAUUCGAGCAAGGUUUCAUCACAGACCCGGUCGUGAUGAGCCCGCGGCAGACGGUCGGCGACGUGCUGGAAGCCAAAGUACGACACGGUUUCUCGGGCAUCCCCGUCACAGAGACGGGCAAGAUGGGCGGAAAGCUGGUUGGCAUCGUCACCUCCAGGGACAUCGACUUCCUGUCGGAGAAGGAUCACAACAAAACCCUGGCGGAAGCCAUGACAAAGAGGGAGGAGCUAGUGGUCGCUCCGGCGGGUGUCACUCUAAAAGAAGCAAACGACAUCUUGCAACGAAGCAAAAAAGGCAAGCUUCCCAUCGUGAACGACAAUGAUGAGCUAGUGGCCAUCAUCGCCAGGACGGAUCUGAAGAAAAACCGGGACUACCCGCUGGCCUCCAAAGACUCUCGCAAACAGCUGCUGUGCGGGGCCGCCAUCGGCACCCGCGAUGACGACAAGUACCGGCUGGACCUCCUGGUGCAGGCGGGCGUGGAUGUCGUGGUGUUGGACUCUUCACAAGGCAACUCCGUGUUUCAGAUCAACAUGAUCAACUACAUCAAGCAGAAAUUUCCUGAAUUGCAAGUCGUGGGAGGAAACGUGGUGACGGCGGCGCAGGCCAAAAAUCUGAUCGACGCCGGCGUGGACGCACUUCGGGUCGGCAUGGGCUGCGGCUCUAUCUGCAUCACGCAAGAAGUCAUGGCGUGCGGGCGACCUCAGGGUACCUCUGUGUACAAGGUGGCAGAGUACGCACGGCGCUUCAGCGUGCCCGUUAUCGCCGACGGCGGCAUCCAAACGGUGGGACACGUGGUCAAGGCGCUCUCGCUCGGAGCGUCGACCGUUAUGAUGGGUUCCCUGCUGGCGGCAACCACCGAGGCGCCCGGCGAGUACUUCUUCUCAGACGGUGUGCGGCUGAAAAAGUACCGGGGCAUGGGUUCCCUCGACGCCAUGGAGAAGAGCACCAGCAGCCAAAAACGUUACUUCAGUGAAGGCGAUGCGGUGAAGGUGGCCCAGGGCGUGUCAGGCUCGGUGCAGGACAAGGGUUCCAUCCACAAGUUUGUGCCGUACCUCAUCGCCGGGAUCCAGCAUGGCUGCCAGGACAUCGGGGCUAAGAGUCUUUCAGUGCUCCGCUCUAUGAUGUACUCCGGAGAGCUCAAAUUUGAGAAGAGAACCAUGUCCGCACAGGUGGAAGGAGGCGUUCACGGACUUCACUCUUACGAGAAGCGUCUUUACUGA